AUGGCGAAACAGGUGACUGACGAGCGUCCAGCGCCAGUGGCGGUGGACCGAUCCUGCGAUGUCAAGGACCCUAUAGAGCCCGCCACCGUGGAGCACUUCGAUGAGGCCGACGAGCCUAAGCUGUCCAAGCCGGCGACGGAGUUUGACGUCCUUACGCACACGAUCCAUCUUCAAGAUGAUCCUACGCUGCCUGCUGUUACAUUCCGCUCCAUGCUGAUUGGCCUUGGCCUCUCCGUCUUCGGUGGCGUGCUCUCGGGUAUCUUCUACUUCAAGCCACAGUCUGUGACCAUCCCGGCCGUCUUCAUAGCCGUUGUUGCUUUCCUCCUCGGCGAGGCCAUGUCGCGCCUAAUCCCCCGUCGCGACGGGUGGCUCGGCCGUCUCCUCAACCCCGGGCCCUUUAACGUCAAGGAGCACCUGGCUGUGACCAUCAUGGCCAACGCGGCGAGCACAUCUGCGCUCGGGCUGCAGAUCGUGGCCACGGAGCGCCUCUACUAUGACCGGCGCAGCAACGGCGCCCUGACCUUCUUCAUGCUCAUCUCCUCACAGUGCCUCGGCUACGGCAUGGCUGGCAUGAUGCGCCGCACCAUGGUCUACCCGGCUGCCAUGCUCUGGCCCGCCAACUUGCCCAUCAACGCCAUGCUGGAGCGUCUGCACUCGCGCGCGCCUAGCAACCGUAAGCCCUUUCGCGUCUUCCUCUACGUCUUUGUCGGCAUCUUCUUCUGGGAGAUUAUUCCCCAAUGGAUCUGCCCGCUGCUCACGGGCGUCAGCAUCUUUUGUCUCGCGAAUCGGACGAGUCCCAUGUUCACCAACAUCUUUGGCGGCGCCGAGGGUAAUGAGGGACUUGGACUCUUCUCCCUCUGCUUCGACUGGCAGUACAUCUCGGGCGGCACUUCCCCGCUGUACUUUCCCGUUAGCAGCCUCAUCAGCCAGGGCAUUGGCAUCGCCGGCUGUAUUAUCCUCUUCACCGGCGUCUACUAUAGCAACAUAUGGGACGCCAAAAAGUACCCCUUCCUAUCACAGGUCAUCUUCUCCGACACAUCUACCGCCGGCAAUGCUGUGCAGUGGAAUCAGACGGCUGCCAUUGGACCUGACGGCCGCGUCAAUAUGACGGCGGUCGACGAGCUCGGCCUUCCUAACUUUGCCGCCAGCAACGUCCUUAACAUUCUGCUGACCAACAUGUGCAUCGCUGCCGCCAUCACCCACCUGAUUCUUUGGUACCCGACCGAGCUCAAGGCCGCCGUUAGCUUCCUGAGCCCACGUCGCAUCCUUGCCAAGGUCAAGUCUGCAACCAGCCGUCUGGGCAUUUCCUCUCGCACCCGCGCUACAGCCAGUCCUGAAGCCACCGGCAGUAACCAAGCAGAAGCACACUACGACCCUCACUACCUCUUGAUGCAAAGCUACAAGGACUGUCCCGACUGGUGGUAUGCCAUCGUUCUCGUCCUCUCCGCCGCCGUGGCCCUUGUCGUCAUCUACAAGAGCAACAGCACUCUCCCGUGGUGGGGGCUUCUCGUCGCCUGCCUCGUCGGCUACUGCCAUCUACUCGUCUUUGGCUCGAUGCAGGGCAUUACGGGUGUCAACUUCACCAUCCAGUCCAUCAUCCAGAUGAUUGGCGGCUACAUGCGGCCGGGUUUCCCUGUCGCCAACAUGUACUUUUCGCUCUAUAGCUACAACACGCUACUCCAGGGCACUCUUCUUGCCAAGGAUCUCAAGCUCGCGCAGUACGGUCACCUCGCACCGCGCACCACCUUUGCCAUGCAGAUGAUUGGCACAGUCGUCGGCGCCGGCUUCAAUUACCUCAUGGCCAACAGCAUCAUCGACAACCAGGCUGACAUCCUGCGCAGCGUUCAGGGCACCAACAUCUGGUCCGGCGCCGUCACGCAGCAGUUCAACGCGCAAGCCGUCACGUUUGGCGGCUUCCCGCACGAGCUCUUUGACGUCGGCAGCCGGUACCAGUGGGUGCCUCUCGCGACCCUGAUUGGCUUCUUCGUGCCGCUUCCUUUUUGGUAUGCGCACCGCCGCUGGCCACGCCUCGGCUUUGAUCUCAUCAACACGCCUGUCAUCAUGUUCUACCUCUGCUACCUCAACCUUGGCAUCAACUCGUCCGUCAUGACCUUUUUCAUGGCCGGCUUUUUCGCUCAGUGGUACCUGCGCCGGAACCACCCAAACAUCUUCGUCAAGUACAACUACCUGGUUUCGGCGGCGCUGGAUGGUGGCACGUCGGUCAUGGUCUUUAUCCUGUCAUUUGCUGUGCUGGGGGCGGCCAAGGCAGCCAUAGCCUUCCCCAAGUACUGGGGAAACCCCGCCGACGGGCAUAUCGAUUAUUGCUACAAGUCUCCCUCAGAAUAA